AAUGGGUGUGCAAGUUGUUUGCUGACGAAAAAUUGUACGUCUAUGGACACAAAGCAGGGACUAAACACACAACCGGACAUUUCACCCUAAAUUCCCGGAAACCCAUCACUGCUGAUAUUAUGGAACGAGCUCUGAAGCACUUGACCAGGAGAUUCCCUCCCUAUCAACUCAGAAUUAGAGAAAGGGAUGGUGAACUAUGGUUUUUCAAACCUGAUGGUGACGCUGAGCUGGAUUUCAAGGUGUGUGAAAAGGGAACACCGAAGCAUCAAGCUAUCGAUGAGAUUUAUCGACCUUUUGAUGAAGCGAAUGGUCCAAUGAGCAGGUACGUAAUGAUUCCAGCUGAUGACAAUGACCCUUGCCCUUUUCCCGACUUGAAGACGAAAUACCCUUACCAGUAUUAUUUACUCGACUGUCCACACCAUGCAGUCACUGAUGGACUUUCUGCUACGUUGUUUGUGAGUUACAUUCCAAGUAUGCUAAGUACCAUCUUGGAGGGUAAAGAGAUAGAUGACUCUCCAUUGGGCGUGUACAAAUCCAAUGAAGAGUGUAUAAGCAUUUACGAGCAAUAUGCACAAGAAUUUCUUCAAAAUCAUGAUGAGCUGACACACUUGAAAAACGAGAUUUCAAGAGCAAACAAGCAGCCACUCCUUCUCGAAGCUUUUCCACCUCCCAGGGUAGAAACACCAUGUACUCGACAUAUUAAGACGGAAUUGGAUGCAACUUCUGUCAAAAAAAUCUCGGUAAAGUGCAAGGAGAGAGGAAUCACUUUUGGAAAUGCCUUUCAAGGCAUUACAACUACUGCCUUAGUAGAACUGGUGCAGGAAGCUGGUGUGAUUAAAGAUGCUUACGACAUUAGCGUUUUGUACACAGCUGAUAUACGCCGUUAUUUGGAGAAAGAAGCCAAACCGAUUUUAGGAUUACACAUGAGGAAAAUGAACGCAGUGUAUUCAGUUGAUAGAAAUGUCAGGGAUCAGUUCUGGAGUAAUUGCACCAAGAUUCAAUCGCUGAACCGAGACCUCCUGAAAAACAAGUCCAUAAUCAAACAAGAAGUUGUUCGUCAAUUACAUUUGCCUUACACUCCGCCUGAGGAUUUCUACAAAUCUAAACCUGAAUUAACAGCGGAUUUUCAGUACAAUAACAUGGGGAAUUUGAGAGACCUUGGCAGCAACGAACAAGUCAUUUUUACAAAUGCAGAAAAUUACUUCCAAAUACACCUUUCCAAGUUUCCAUUUUAUCAUCAGCUACUCAGUUUUAAGGGAAACGUGAUAAGCAUUCUCAGUUAUGCUACAGAUUCAGUAACAGAUCAGACAGCUUUAGCGCUUGUCGAGAAAAUCAAAUGUGUUUUCAAACACUUCAGUGAAUAAAAUGACAAGUUUAGGUAAUUCUUGGAUGUAGUUUUGAGGAAAUAUUUUACAGUGUGUUUUGAUUACACGACAUAUGCUGUAACCUGGAAAUUGAAGGUUGGGGAAUUUCGGCUGUCAAGCACUGGAACACAUGGACUAUUCAGUGCUUAAGGCAGUGAAAAAGAGUUGGAGUAUUUAGACAGCAGCAUAAAAAGAUCCACAACAUAAUGAAGAUGACGUAUGAAGACCUAAAUGAGAAACUGAGUGAAAACUCUUAUGUAUGUUUGCUUAAUCAUAAGUUAAGGAAGGUAGGACACUGUCAUUGUAUGCCUCGUGUGUUGAUUAAGAUGUUACUUAAUUACCGUUGGAAAUCCCUUAUUGUUAACGUGUUCACAUAUUGAGUAUUGCCAAGCAUUACUAUGUAUGUAUAAGUAUUGCAAUGCUCUUCUCUGUUUUAUAUUGAGGCCGACCUAAACCAUCUUAUACUUUCCCGUGGAGUACGAUUUUGUUAGUUCUACCUUAUGUAUUAAGAAGACAGUGACAUUGUUGGCUAAGUUCUGAUAUUUGUGACAUCAACGUAUUGUCCAGUGCUGACCUGUGUUGUUACAGAAAAAGACAAACCAAACCUAUUUUGGGGCUACACAUAAUGAAAAUGACUGCAGCA